AUGGAGCUCCCAUUUUUUCAUGGAAAGAUAACAAAAAGAACCUGUGAAGAACUGCUGAGCAAGAAGGGAAAGAAUGGUAGCUAUUUAAUACGAGAGAGUGAAAGCAUGGAGGGAGUCUUGUGUCUCUGUGUUUUAUUUGAAAAACUCAUCUACACUUACCGUAUCUUCAGGGAACACCAAGGAUAUUUUGAAAUACAGGCUUCUGAAGGUUUUCCAGUGACCUUUCAAACCUUAAAGGACCUAAUAUACCAUUAUGAAAAGCCAAAUCAGGGCCUAGUAACAAACCUCUGCUACCCAGUGAAUAAAGCAGAGGCCACGCACAGAAGCCAGAGGUUUAAGUCAGAAAAGGAUAUAAUUUAUGAUGAAAUUGAUGACAGCGACUAUGUCACUGUCCUUCCCUGA